AAUAUGAUGUAUUCAGAUGCAGUGUGAGGCAGUUAUUUAGCCAAGAAAAUCUCUCUGACACUGCCUGUGCAGACAGAUUUUUCCUUAUUUGCAGUAGGUUUUUGUCUCCCCUCGAUGAAGAGCGGCAAUGUUGAGCUCAUAAGGGAUUCCUUCCCGUUGGUUUCCCAGGGUUUUUUAGGUGCUCAUGCAUAGUUUUUUAACAACUGUAUGUUUUUUGCAUAAGCAGUAUGUAACAGAGCAGUAAAUCCAUAAGAAGUUUCCACCAGCUGUGCUGUGUUACACUGCAGUAUUCUCUUUCCAGAACAGAGAACGAGUUUUUGUCAGCUGUCCUCAGUACCCUCACACUGGGAUGGUGACUUUGCAGGAGGGAGUGGGGCACACCUGACAGCUGUGUAACCAGGAAAGUCUGAAGAAUUCCAACCUGUCAUAGGAAUUGCCUGUCAUCUGGAAAUGAGCUUAGAAGGAAGCAGGGGAGCCAUAAUGGGUGUAAUAUGGCACAUGGCAAGGAACUGAGAACAGCAAGUUUAAUAAACAGCAUGGAAGUCUGUGGGAAAACAACUUCUUGUGAAGAGUUUGGAUCCUGCUGCUUCAGAGAUGAAUUCAAAAUGUAGUGUGAGAACAUUCCUACCCCAAGAACAUUCCUACCCCAAGGACAUUCCCACUCCAAGGGAACGUAAAAAAUCCAAGCAAAAAAGCAACAUGUAAAUUAAGAACCAGGGGACAGGGGGACAACAAGUGCUUCUUUUCUUCUCUGUUAAAAUAUAUAUUGUUGCAACCCUCCAGCUUGCAGUUCUUUCAUGUCUUCUAGUGCAUGUGGAUGAAGGCUUUGACCUGAGGGAUGAUGACAGCCAGGACCAGCUCACUUCUUGGACUAAAUCAGGAGGGAGAUUUCUACAGCUUUAGGAUCUGUGUGGAAGGUAGCCCAGCAGGCUGCAGUAGCUGGAGAUGCACCAAGAGUGAGGCUGGGCAGGACCUGGAGACAGGGACUCAAAGCUGCAAAGAGGAGUGAAAAUCAGUGUAUAAUGGGAGAGGGCAGCGAUGGAGCACAUCAGGGGAGGGUGGGUGAGAACAGAACAGCAGCCACUGUGAAAGGCACAAUGGAUGAGGAAGUUGGAGCAGAGAGGAGAAGGCAGCAAGGACAAAAGUUCAUCCUCUUCAAUGAUGACAGAGUUUGGGGGAAUUGAGCUAAAAGCUUCCCUUCUGAGGGAAGUCUCAGAUCUGAAGAGCUCCACAGAUCAGUAAUGAUGUACACUGAAUUUCAGAGUCAGCUUCCAGACUGAAUGUACAGGGGAAAUGGCUAUACUUUCUUACUGAUAGAAUAGGAGCAAAAAUUAAAUGCAAUAGAAGCCAAACACAAUUUCCGAAGUAUUCUCCUACUUUACAAAGCCAGAAGUUUAGAAGAUUUAUUUUGUAAGACAGCAACAGGCAACAUAUGAAAUACUUCUGAGGAAACACCUGUGUUAUGUAAAACCAGUAACAUACCAGACAUAACAUGGUGGUAAACCAAACUUUUAGCGCUCUGCAUAAUACCACGAGAUUUUUCUAAUUAAAAUUAUUUCAUUAAAAAAUAUCAGCCUACAUUUGUUGAAACUGUGUUGGUGUCCCACUACUGACAACAAUUCUCUUUUAAAAGGAAAGGUUUUUACGACUUUCUUCCAGUAAAACACAUCUGGAUUUUUAACUUCAUUGAAAGUUUUUAAUGUGUUUUUAUAUGAGACUGUUUUGUAAUGGAAUUGUUAUUUAUCUCCAGAUUUAUCCAGUUUCUGGGUAGUCUUUCUGGACUAUGUUUCAUUUAUCAGGGUCUUUAAUUACAUUCCUCUACUAGCUGACCACUACAAAAAUUGAAAUCCUCACCACAAAUCUGUAAAAAUGUUUCCACUUGCAUAGGGAGACAAAAAUAGAAUAAUUCCAUGUCUUUUUGGACAGAUGCCUAGCUGAAACUAUGCAGGGUUUGACUGACAAGAGGAUGUAGUCUUUGCUGAGAGCGCUUUCUUUAAGGUCCUUUUUAGUCUUCAGGAACAUUUAAGUAGAUGAAUGAAGAGAGGAUUUAUGCUAGUUUCCCUACAUUUUUGUUGACUCUGCCUGCUUUUUUGUAACUUUUGUCUCCUGCAACAAAAUCUUUUCAGCUCUUCGGGCUUGCUGAAUAUAUAAUCACAAGCUGAUUCCAGCCUAUGGAGAAGUGUACAUGAGAACAGGAUAAAUAUGGCUUUUAAGGGCGAGGACCACUUAGAUUCCCUUUCCUUCCCAGUUCAGCGCAUGCACCUAAUCCAGGUGGACUCUGUUCAGCGAUGGAUGGAAGACCUGAAGUUGAUGACAGACUGUGAAUGUAUGUGCAUUCUCCAGUCCAAGCCCAUCAGCAUUGAGAAGGAUGAACAGAAUGAACUCAUCCUCUCCUCACAGCACAGCACUUGUGAUAACUUGCAGCUCCUGCUGAAGAGAGCUUGGAUCAUCAGCACUGAGCUGACCAGGAUUGCUCAGAAGUUGGAGAAGAACAGGUGGCAGAGGGUGCACAGCAUGACUGUGAGAGUCAACUGCCACGUGCACUCCAUGGUGAAUGAGUACAACACCUUCACGAGGAGCUCUUCAGAAGAAAUGCACCAGCUUGAAAAACUCUUAAUGGAAAAGUGUUCAGAAUUUACAGCAUUCACAGAAAGGUGCUUACAGACUGAAGAUGAAGAGAUACUGAAGUCCAUGAAAUCUUGUGUUAAUGAAACACUCACGACAGUUGCCCAAUAUUUUGGCCAGCUGAUAGAGUUGGUUUUAACACAAGAGGCACAGAACCUGCUGAGGCAGAUAGAGUUCUCAGGCAGCCUGUACGUCACGGAGUCAGCCAUCAGCAGUUUGUUCAGCCUGGCCCAGGAAGGAGCUCACCUCUGCCGCAUCAUAGCCAAGGAAGGAGGUGUUGUUGCUCUCUUUAAGAUCUGUCGCCAGGAUUGUUUCAGGUGCCUUUAUCCCCAGACCCUUAGAACGCUGGCAUCAAUUUGCUGUGUAGAGGAAGGGAUGCACCAGCUGGAAAAGGUUGAUGGGAUCCUGUGCCUGGCUGACAUCCUCACUGACACCAGCCAUUCUGAAGCCACCCAUGCAGAAGCAGCAGCAGUAAUUGCCCAGAUCACCUCUCCACAUCUCACGUUCACUCAGCAUCUCAGCAGCUUUCUGGAAAAUAUGGAAGAAAUCGUGACAGCACUUGUCAAACUGUGCCAAGAAGCCUCCUCAGGUGAAGUUUUCCUGCUGGCUUCAGCAGCUCUUGCCAAUAUCACUUUCUUUGAUACCAUGGCUUGUGAAAUAUUGCUCCAGUUAAAUGCAAUGAAGAUUCUCCUAGCAGCGUGCUCAGACAAACGCAUAGUGGAUACUCCCUAUUCCCGGGAUCAGGUGGUAACGAUAUUGGCAAACAUGUCUGUGUUGGACCAAUGUGCCACAGAAAUCAUUCAAGGAAAUGGUGUUCAACUUUUAAUGGAGAUGCUCUUUGAGAAAUCCUCCUCUGGAAAUCCAGCAGAAGCUGCAGCUUGUGAGCGAGUCCAGCAGAAAUCUGCGGUUACCCUGGCACGGCUCAGCCGAGAUCCCGAGGUGGCAGAGGCAGCUGUAAAACUCAGCUGUAUUCCUCGCCUGAUUAAACUUUGCAGAUCACCAACAGAAAGAAAUAACAGUGAUUCUGUUUUAGUGGCAUGUCUGGCAGCCCUGAGGAGACUGGCAGUAAUGAGUCCUGAGGGGCUGGAGGAUUCAGAUUUUCAGCAGCUGGUAAAGCCCAGACUUGUGGAUUCUUUUCUGCUGUGCACAAAUAUGGAAGAGAGCUUUGUAUAAAUGGGAGCCAAAAACCUUUGAACAAUAAUGAAGAUGAUAGGUACACAGUAAGAUAUCACAUGCACAAUUUUAUUUUGAUUUAGUCCUAUUGUUAUUUAUGACUUAUUUAUUCUAAACCCAUGAACGUGGGGUUUGUCAGAGCAAAGGGACAGAGUAAGAAAACUUGUUACUGUGAUUUGUUACUCCUGCCAAGACACAUAAGACCUUAUCAUUGCCAUCUAAUCAAAUGUUUUGUUUAAUAUAGUUAAAUUAAGGUAAUGAAGCCAAGAAUUUGUUGCUCUGAUAUUAAAUGCUUCUGAUGAUGUUUUAUCACUGAUAUUUUUCUAUAGUUAGAACAUUUUGUAGGUUUUUUAAUAAAUGUUUUAGCCUCAUUUGUAUUAGGCGGAAAGUAAUCCUAAAAGCUGCAAGUAUAUACUUUGAAACGAAAGGGGUGUUGCAGUCUGAGUCCAGCUCUUAACUAUUGUUAUAUUUUAACAGAAUUAUGUAACUGAGAGAAAAAUUUCCAAAAAAAUGUUCAAAUACUGGCUUCAAAUGAUGCUAGAAUACAUUCUUGGGCUGUAUAAAUAUGUGUUCCAUCAGAGGGUACACACUAACAGAAAGCUCUUUAUUUACAUUGACUGAAAUUUCCUAAAGAAAUCCAUCGAAUUCUAGAAAAAUCUUUGAUAGUGUUUGUGUUUUGUUUCAUAAUGUAAGAUUUUCCACCUAUGAUUUAAAAUAAUUACACAGUGUUAAUUUUCUCUCCUUUCCAAGCCUUACAAGAACUGGAAGUGCUAAUGUCCAGACAUGUUUUUAACAUUCAAGCUACUGUUUUUGUGAAAAGUUGUUCACACCUUUACUAAAUAAUCUGAAGAAUUAAUUAAUUGUAACUUGAAUUUUCAUUUUUCUGGCUUGCUAACUUGUCCUGUAUUUUUAAAACUUAAAUGGGACUCUUAGGAGCUCUGGAAGUUGAGAAAUGGAUGACAACCUAAAUAACAGACGUGAUUUUGAAAUCAACUUUUUUUCAUGAGCUUUCUUCUUAAUUCUUUCUUUUUUCCUUUCAUUGAAAAACCACAUAUAUUGAAAAUUACUCAACCAGUAAUAUCUUGGUAGUGAUUUUUUCCUUAACUUUUCACAAUGAACUCUGUAGAUUAUGAAAAAAGAUGUAAUUUUUUUCUUCACGGUUUCCGAACAUUGCUUUGGGUCAUUUUAUGAUCAGCAACUUCAGAUAUCUGCCAAACCCCCCCCACCCCCCCAUUCCUUCCUUACUGUACUUUGUAGAUAUAUUAAGCAGCGUAAUUCAUUAAUGUUUCUUUAGUGUUAUGUGGUGUUUGGAUGGAAAGCACCAGGAAACUGUGAAGCUGUGAUUGCCUUCCACAUUUUCUGUACAAGAGAAAUCUGUCCUGCUUCAAGCAGUGUGACAAUGGUGGCUACUUUUUUCUCCUUGGUUGUAUGAGUUAAGAAGUCUCUGCCUUAAUGUCUUUCUUGUGAGCUCUCCAUAUAAUCAGCUCUAUCUUGAUUGAAUUUUAAAACCUUACAAAACAUACAGUGACCUCUGUCAUGAGUAGCUAUUAAAAAGAAAAGUGUUGGAUCAGAUGUUCUAGUAAGCACAGAGAGGAAUUCUGCUUUAUUGCUUACUUUGAGACAGCUUCUUAAGUUUCCAAGAUUGUUAAAAUGUAUGGUACUGUAAAGCUAUAAAAAUAUUGUAUUAGUGAUAGACAUUAACACUUUUCUCCCUAAGCAGAAAUACAUGUGUGAGCCAUGGACUUCUUGGUAUAAAAAAUGAAUUAAUAAAUUGCAUAGAAAAUGAAUUCAAAUUUAAAUCCUGUUGUUAUCAUUCUGAUAGCAUGGCAGCCCCUGAUAAAAAUGCAUCAAAUUCUGUACUGAAUUUCUGUCAGCUUCAGCUAACACCAGAGAUAUGAGUUUCUAGAUGAAAUAGGGUUUAUCCCAUAAUAGAUAAAUUUAAAAUCUAAUUUAAAGAAAUUUUCCACACAUGCACAGUUAACUGGAGGAGCUAUUAAGAAAAUGCCAUCAUGGCUCAUAAUGUUUUAAUGUAAUUUCUAACAUUUCAAUCAAAUAUUCAGUGAGUAGGUUGGUAACAACUAAUUUGCUCUCAAAUACAGGAAUGUGAACCCACGUUGAAUUUACUACAGAUACUCUCAAUCUGCAAUAUGGGUCCGUAAUUCUAGGUCCAUAUUUUCCAUUUAAAUGGGUUCAUAUUACAGAUGUGGCUGUUUAUAUUACAGAAGAAGAGUACAUUUAGGUGGAAUUCAUAUUUGCAGCAGAAAAUAUAUCUUGAAAGAGCCAUUUCAGCAGACCUCUUGUCACCUAAGUGUCCUCAAAACCAUUUUAGCUAGGUCUGAUUUUUUCACUUAGAGCUGUGCACUUUAUUUUUGUAUAUGCUAAAGUUUAUGGGAAAAUAAACACACCUCUAACUUUACUUCUUGAUUCACUUGGAAAUAUUAAGUCAUUAAAAAUAUUGAUCUAUUUUUCUUAUUACUUUUGAAUGAGAAUUCUGGAUUCUGAAUGAAUUCUUGAUUCUAAAUGUUUGCUUUGAAAGUGACUCUUCAGCUUUUAAACAAAACAAACAAACAAGAAUAAUUUAAGCCAGAAUAAACAUUUUUGCUUUCAAAUGUAGUAUGAAAUAUUAUAUUUAAUAUAAAGAAAUUUUCACUAAAAUAAGUAUUGUGGUGGCUUAAUCCUUGGUGGCUUAAUAUACAUAUACAGGAAGGAGUGAGAGUGGAGAGUAUGUGUAAUACAUUCCCAAAUCAGCUCAUUUAUGUGCACUCAUUGACCUAUAGAGCCUGAAUAUAGGCUAGGUAUUGGUUUAAUCUUCCUGGAAAAUGAAUGUCAAACUUGUUCAAUUAAAUUCUUCUGAACAUUUUCAGUUUUGUAUGAGAUUAGAAAUGCUUAACAAACAUGCAGUGAGCUGCAGGAUUCUUUGUAAUUUUGAUUUACACUCCAGCAACUUUGGAUAAUGUCUUCAAAUUUCAGCUUUGGUUUCAAACUGUUUACAGAUAUUCAGGGCCCAGAUGUUUCAUUCAUAGAAUAAAGUUUGGUUAUUCUCUGUUUAUUGUGUACUUGCUACAUGAAUCACUUAUGUGGAAUUUUACUUGUCUGACCUUUUCAAUUUAAAAUUGUAUUUACAAAGAAUAAAGUAAUGUCUUUGUAAA